AUGGACGGGAAGUCCAGAUUACAAAAAGCAUGCGAUGCAUGCAACAUCCGCAAAGUCAAGUGCGAUGAGGGCGGUCCACCAUGCCAGUCAUGUGUUGCUCUAGACAUCCCCUGCACUUUUGACCGGCCUAAAAAACGCCGUGGUCCGCCAAACAAACAUGCAGAGGCACUCAAAAAGCAAAAAGCAGAGGGCACCACGAUAGCAGCACCGUCAACUUCUCCACCGGAAACCGUGCCCUCUGUUUCUGUUACAGCGCCAUCGCCAAUUCCAUCAACAGCACCUCCCACUGCGCUUGUUCCAUUCACUGCCCCUACGACUAUCAUUGCAGGCGGAGCCGGACCAUCAGAUACCCCAAUUUCAAGCCAGAAAAUACUGCCCCUGUCCGGCGAAUCGAUAUGUCCAUUACCAACACUUCAGCUCUUGGUCGACGACUACUUCACUUUCAUCCACCCACUCAUCCCUGUCCCGCACGAACCAACCUUUCGCGAAGCGUUCGCGAGACGAGAAGAUCUGACUAAUGGACGAUUUCUGGCUUUGUUGGCUUCUGUUGUAGGCUCAUUGGUAGCCUCCUUUCCGCGGCGGCCGAGACUGCAUUUGAGGACAGAUUCUGCUGGGUCUCUAUAUUCGAAUUCAAUGGCUUUGGCCAAGCGGUGUCAUGACGUUGCAGUUCAAGCGCGAGGAUUGGGGUAUCUCGAUACGAGUACUACAGUUGACGACGCGGCUAUUAGUUACCAUCUCUCGCUCUGUUCCAGCUACGUCUAUAACCCUCAACGAAGUCGGUUGUACCUCGGCGAGUGUAUGACGAUUCUACGUGUAUACACACUAUACAAGCCUUCAAGGCAAGGCGCGACUAAUACCGGGGGAAUAGCGACCGGUUCACCAGUAUCUGAACCUCGGGGCCAAUUCGACGAUCUCGCUGAAACGACAGAGAAUCUUCUCGUUCAGGAGCAAGGGAGACGAUUGUUUUAUGUGUGUCUUGCUGGGUUGCAGACAUUGCACCAAUUGGGCUCGGCAGAUGGGAGAACAUAUAUACCCCCGGAAACGCCGACGAAUCGACAUCCCCCUCUUCCUCUCGAAGUGGAUGAUGAAUACAUCUCUGCAACUCAAGUUGCGCCGCAGCCUACUGGUAUUGUUUCUCAGAUUACUGGGUUCAAUGCGAAUGUGCGCAUAUUUCAGUGCUACAAUCCGCUAUUAGCGUUAGAAAUUGCAUUUCACGACAGCGAGGUGGUUAGCUGGGAAAGACAGAGACGAUUGAUAUAUGAUUCGCUACAAAAAGCGAAAAGCGUGACCGCAGAACUACCUCCAGAACUUUCUUUGAACUAUUCACAGCAGUUCUCGGAACUCUCCUCUCCAUCGGUUAUAGGUGGCUGGCCUCUAUCAUUCGGGGCGGGCAUGACGAAUCGAGACCAAGAACGUCGAAAAAUACAAUACGAAAUCCAAAAGGUUAACAUCUAUAUAAGUCAACUGUCUACGAGGUCGUAUCUCGUUGAGAAGUACUGGACUCUGUUUGAAGGUCAUAUCAGACUUCAAAAGGCCAAAGCCGGUUCUACUGAUACCAGGCCAACUCUCAUUCCGGGCACCAACGUUGCUAUGCAGGGCGAACCGACAACGUCGACGCCAGAUGCGGAACUCCACGCACAAACAGAUCAUAUAGGACAAACGAUGAGGCAGGAGCGUGGUUUGGUAAUCAAGGAUCUCCUCUGUUUGCUGAAAAGCGUACAAGAGAUCCACAUCGAGCCCAACGGCGCCAGUUUCUGCCAUAAAGUUCGCCAAAUAGCCUCCACACUCCUCAACCUUCCUCAAGAAAUGAGCACAACCCUACCCCUAACCGUCGACCCUGUAACUGGGACACCAACGACAACGACAACAACAACACCGCCUACAGGACCACAGCCCCUAUCCACCAGCGACGCCGAAAAAUACCUGCGCACAUUCCUCAACAUCCUAGUCCGCCUCGAAGGCGUCAGCGUUACAGGCGGCGAUCCUUUACAAUCCAUCAACACCGUCACAGACAAUCUAAACAUCAAACCCGAAGAUCUCGACAUGACCAUCAACCCCACCGCUACCGCCGGAAACACCACCCUCCUCGACCCUACUAAUACCAAUAUAGCAGACGGCAGUAACAACAUCAGCAACGCCGUAACAGCAACAACAGCCCUCCUAAACGACCCUCUACUCGCGGCCGCAGCAUAUCCGUCGCCGAAUCAUAAUGAAGCGUUUCUGUUGCCGAUGAGCUAUACAGGUGACGGGGUAAGUAGUCAGGAAGAAGAGGAGAUGAGGCAAUGGGCGACUUUGAAGGAGUUUCAGAAGACAUUUGUGGAGGAUGGGGGGCUGUUGUAUCCUAUUUAA